CAACAACACGAGCCAUCGACUCUAAGAACGAACGCAGCAGAAGAACUACAGCAUCACAACAUCGCAGCCAUGGUACUAUUCGAUGAGGACCCCGUUGAGCUCAUGGCAGAAGCCACCAACAAAUUCCACAUCACACCCGACAAGGACUCGCUCACGCGCGUUCACGAGUCCCUCCAUGCUCUGCACCAGGCGCGCGCCCUACGACUCGACAACCAGACUUCAAUCCUCUCCUCUCUGUCGCGAAAACUAAACAAAGUCAACUCGGCACACUCCUACGAUUUGGAACGCCACGAUGCAGGGCAACACGCACAGAAUAUGCUGAAGAUGGACACGGAGAAGUUCAGAAUUGCAAAAGGCGUCAGCGAUGCGGAGAUUGAGAGUGAGAGGCUGCGCGGAGAGCUUGCAGCGUUGAGGCAGCAGUUGAACACGCUGGAGAGGGAAGGGGUCGAAGGCGGGCGGAAAGCUGACGGCGCGGAAGAUGAAAUUGUGCUGAAGUUGCAAUUUUAUCGCAGUUUAGGAAUUGAUGCGAGAAGAGAUGAAACCAGUGGAGACUUCAAUAAGGCUGUCAUCUGUAACGCUGAGCGAGGAGAUGUCCAUGUUGUGGAUAUCGAUGGUGGCCGAGUCGAUGCCAACCUGUUCUGGGAUGCAUUGUGAGCCAUUUCGUGGUAUUGGCCUGGAUAAAUGGCGUUGGAAGCUUAGGCUGG